AUGAAGCUCCAGGUGUUCUGGACUGGGCUGGAAUAUACCUGUCGGCUCCUGGGCAUCACCACUGCUGCAGUGCUGAUCGGCGUGGGCACCGAGACCUUGUUCCAGGGCCAGUACAAAAGCCUGGCUUUCUAUCUGCUGUUUAUAGGAGCUGCUGUCUCCGUGUGUGAAGGGGCCUACUUUGUGGCUCAACUGCUGGCCAUCUGUUUCAAGUGCCAGCCAGGGUCCCUGGCCCACAGAGCAAGAGAGAAGACCCACUGGCUGGGAUGCUUCCAGAAAUUCCUGGCCUAUAUGCUGCUCUCYGUGGCCUGCUUUCUUCACCCUGUCCUUGUCUGGCACGUAACCAUCCCAGGCUCCAUGCUUAUCAUCACUGGCCUGGCCUACUUUCUACUGAGCAAGCGGAAGAAGACCAAAGCUUCCCCGGAGGUUCUGGCCUCCCCAGAACAGUACACAGACCCCUCUGGCAGUGCUGUGAGCACCACUGGCUCCGGGGACACUGAGCAGACUUAUACCUUCCAUGGGGCCCUCAAGGAGAGGCCUGGAUCCCUCUUCAUCCACAUGAAGAGUAUCCUGAAGGGGACCAAGAAACCCAGUGCCCUGCAGCCCCCAGACACCCUUAUGGAGUUGCCUCUGGAGUCAGCUGACUCCCUGACCAAGAAGAAGCAGGUGCACUUUGAGGACAAUGUGGUCAGAAUCAUCCCCUCGCUUUCUGAAGGUGCAGAUGAUGAGGACAGUGAGCCAGAGGAGACCACCUCUGACACAACCCCCAUCAUCCCUGUCCCCCAAGCCCCCCUCCUUCUGUCYUCACUCAUGGCAACCGACCUGUUCUGA